GGAACACUUUUCUGGUCAUUCAAAAUCAAACUGCCGCGAUAUUGCGCGUGAAUUACAUUACACGCACAGCGUAUAAGAAGGGAUGCCCAGCCUGUGUUUGUAGGCAGAGAAAGCAAACAUCCCUAAGUGGGAUUCCUGACAAAGCAGGCGAACAUUUCCACCUGGAACGAAAGCAUGUAUCUUGCAUCGCCUGAAGAACCCUGCGUGCUUACCUGUGAAUUGCACAUGCAGCACAUGGUAAACCGAUCAUUUCUGGGAAUGGUAAUAGGACACAUGAUAAGGAAUGAUCGUAUCGUACGCUGCAUCAGGAAGAGUGUUUCAAUUAUAUCGCUAGCUGUUGCUGCGGUCAGUAUCCUCAUGGCUCUUGCAGGCACGCCUGUGGGCGUACUACGGCCAGCCAACAGCAGCACUGGAAGUCCCAAGCUUACGCCUGCGUGGUCGUCACGUCAAGCCAAAGACUCGCAGGUUCCAUGGAACUUGCAUCAGAACUGUACGAGCAUGGUUUCAUUGACAUCUGGAAAUGCAACAGUGCAUAGCGAUCACUUUGAACAAAUGCACAGAAUCGUAAAUAACAUUUCAAAUAUGAGCGAGGCGGCCACAUGCAAAGUGACCGCGCGUUCCACUCGUACCACCGACAGCGAUACCGUCGUAUCAUGUGGUGACAACGCUACUUCUUUCAAUCAACCUGGAAAUCGAUGCGACGGACAGCUGUGGGUGUUGUCAUGCAGACGCGAGAGGUUGCGACCGGGUUUCUGCGACAGCAUUUCGACGAUGUCCCAACUUUUCCAUCUGAUCGUGGAGUGCAAGAGUGACAUGGACGUCAUCGUUUUGUACCAGAAGUGGCAGUUCGGCAACCUUGCCAAUGAUGUGUCCCUCACUGAGGUCUCUGAAAAGACCGAGGUCGUCUCCUGGACCCCUAUAUCCAGCAAGGACGCCGCAUGGAUAAUCGGUGACAGCGAGUGGAAAGUAUUUGAAAAUGUCACCAAGGGACGUGACGAGACCAAGUCCAGCUGUAAAAGCAGGAAAGCUGUCGUCCGCAUCGAUUUACGCCGGGCCGGCGGCUCCACCCAGCGCGGGAUACCCCAGGACUGCAUUUGCCACAUCGCUGAAAGGUGCCCUCUUGUCAUUCUCUCUCCGACGUGGCAGAGUGUUAGAAGAGUGCGCUGGAUCUGA